AUGCUAUUUUUAUUAAAUAUCAUAUUAAAAUAUAAAUAUAAUUUUUAAUAAAUAAAAUACGCAUUAAUAACUAUACUGGUAUUAAAAUUCCGCUUAUUGCUUAUUGGGUUGGGUGCAUUAUAUCAGCAGAGGAAUUUCAAUAAAUUUUAUUAAAAAAUUAAUAUUUAAAUUUUGUUAAAAUAUUUUUUAAAAUGUGUAAAUUUAGCCCUCCAAUGUUAUAUGUUUGGAGGAGAAAAACUUGGCAUAGCAUAAAUGCGCUUAUUUGAUCUAUGCAAGCUAUAUAUCUAAAUAACAUGUACCAGCAGUAAAAACUAAUCUGACUAGAGAAUAAUUAGAGAUAAUAUAAAAAUUCUCCUCAUUACUAUACUAAAAUAGAAAAAUCUACAAAAUAAAAAUUAUUUAUAUAAAAUUUAAGAACAGUAAUUACUAGAAUUUUUUCAGCAUAUGACUAACUACUCAUCUCUAUUUCCUACUAUAUUUUGA